AUUUUGUCGGUAAAGGCAGUAGGAGGUUGGUCCAAGACGAAGUUGUGAUCCGGGACUCGCUCGUGGGCUGUUUGGUCCGUGCAUCGUUUCUCCCUGGAGAGGGAAGGAGGCUUGGAGGUCGAGAGAGAGCCGCCGCCGCCGCCCGAACUCGAAGUCGCUACGACUUCUCUCAAACUUGUGUGCUGAGGAGACUCGAUGUGGGCCUCAGCUCCUAGGCUGAAAUCAGCAGAUUGGCUCAUGAAAACUUGUGUAUUGAGACAAAGGAAAGGAUCUAGCAGAAAGCAACGUCUCUUAUUCUGGGCUUGGCAGCAAGGAAGAGGCCAAGUAGUGGAAAUUCUGCAAUCUGAAAAGCAGACUGAAAGGUGACAAAGAAGCUGAAGAUGGGUGGUGGAGAGAGGUAUAACAUUCCAGACCCUCAAUCUAGAAAUGCUAGCAAGAACCAACAACAGCACAAUAGACAGAAGACCAAGGAUCAGAAUUCCCAGAUGAAGAUUGUUCAUAAGAAAAAGGAAAGAGGACAUGGGUACAAUCCAUCGGCAGUGCAAAAUGGGGGAAAAACCAAGAGCCUUUCUAACAACUCCAACUGGAAUGCUAGCUUAUCAAGUCCUAGCUUGCUUUUUAAGUCUCAAGCUAGUCAGAACUAUGCUGGAGCCAAAUUUAGUGAACCACCAUCACCAAGUGUUCUCCCCAAGCCACCAAGCCACUGGGUUCAUGUUUCCUUGAACCCUUCAGAUAAGGAAACGAUGACAUUUCAACUUAAAACCUUACUUAAAGUACAGGUAUAAAAUUAGAUUAAGUACUGAUUUUAAAUUUUUUGAUGUUUACACAUAGCCAAAAGGUUUGACAUUUUGUGAAAAACUAGUAAUUUACAAGUAUAAGCAUUCAUUUAUGUGCUGUAUACACACUAUACUGUUAUAGUGUCAAUGCAAUUUAAACAAUUUAAAUCUAAUCAAUUCUACUUGGUAGUAUUGCUAACUAAAUUCAAGUUUAGAUUUGAGAAACAUUAAAUAACCUUAGCUUUUGUAUUGUUUGAUACUAAUAUUCAUGGGUUGGUACACAAUUUCUGAAGAAAUCAGGCAGCAAGCAGUUUCAUGGUCUAGGGUCACCCAAACUCUCUUGGGCAUUUUUUAGGAAAUGGCUGAAGUUCCGCUGUGGUCAUCGUGUAAAGGGCAGGCGGAGCUCCUUAAAUGCAGUGGGUAGGCAUUUACCUAGAGAUGUAUGUACCAAACCCUUUCCAAAAACAGAGAAUGCUGGAUAACCUUUUUUAUACAACAGCAUCCCACAAAGCUGCUAAGAAGGGAUCCAGCCUCACCUAUACAAAGCUUGCUUGAAAUAAGGAGUUGUGUUCAUGACAUUUAAGCCAUGUAUAUACAUGUAAUAAUAAGCUUGUAACAUAAUGUUUUCUUGGCCUUUAUUCUACAAAAUAAGACUAUUUUUAGUAUGAAUUUGCUGAAUGUAUGACCAUGAACUGUUUUGAAAAGUCUUAUGGCCUAAUUUUAAAGGUCUCCAGUUUUUAAAAGGUUGCCCUUAUGCUUAAAGUGCCAGUGAAUCAAUGUAAGUGAUAUGCUUGUGAACUACACAAAGUCAAUCUGUUGUAUUAGGUUUCUUAUAGCUGAAAAGAUUUAAGCUAUAUGAGAUUUUAAACCCAAAGACUCAUUUUGACUUUAUCAA